AUGUCUAUCGUCGCUGUAAAUAAGACGAAGUCAGUGGAGAAGGCCCUUAUCCGGAUGCUGAUAGAACGAUACCGCCGUUUCGGCGUGAUCGGUCGACCAGUGAGUGACAACAAAAUUGUCCUCAAGGUCAACUAUGGCCUCCAACUCAUUCAAAUUCUUGACCUGGAUGAAAACAAACAAAUCCUGCACACUAACUGCUGGUCGAUGUAUCGAUGGAACGACACCCUUCUGCAAUGGAACCCCGCGGAACACGGGAAUGUCACCGAAGUUCGAAUCUUUCCAUCGCAGAUUUGGACUCCAGAUAUCCAAUUAUUCAACUUCGCUGACGAGCGGAUUAGGGAGCACAGAAUAGCCCGAGUCGUGGUCCACAGUGAUGGAAGCAUUUUGUGGGUUCCACAAGCCCUCUUCAAAAGCGCCUGCCAAAUAUGCAACCUCGAAUUCGGCUCCUGGACGUACGACCGGACACAAAUGGAACUGGAUUGGUGGGUGACCACAAGUUCACCCAUCCCUAACCCCUAUGUUGACUUUGUCGACUACGUGCCCAGCAAUGAAUGGCGAACAGACGGCGAGACAGAACGGGAUAUUGUGCACACCAAUCGCACAAAACAGAUAAAAGCCUAUAAACGGUACCAGGAGCGCAACCAGACGGAUGGAGAUGUGGUCACGACGAAGCAGUACACCGUCCUCUGCUACCGUGUGCGUCUACAUCGAAAUCCAAGCUUCUACAUAUUCAUCCUCGUUGUCCCGUGCAUUCUGCUCUCAUCUCUGACAAUCGUUGUUUUUUGGCUUCCUCCCGAAUCCCCGGCUAAGAUGAUGCUAGGCAUGAACAUCUUCGUCACAUUCUUCCUGUUACUUCUCGUACUGGCCGGUCAGACACCUAAUGCUGUCAAGGAAUUUCCUCUCAUUGGUGCCUACUUCUGCCUCAACAUGAUAAUGAUCACUCUGUCUACAUUCCUCGCCACACUCGUCAUUCACUUUCACUAUCGUGGAGCCAGGAAUGGUCCGCUUCCAGCCAUAAUACAUCGCAUAAUUAUCGAGGGAAUGGGACGUCUCAUGCUCGUCCGCCAGAGCAUCCCACUGCCGGAGGAGAAGAAGACGCUGAGUCACGUGGUGACCCGCACGGCCGCUGGACUGGGUGGGCGUCACGCCCGUCGAAAGCUCCGUGUGCCCGAACUGCACUCGAGCAAGUUCCUCGGCGACGACGAUCUUGACGAUUCACCUCAACGCACAGCCACAGGUGCACUGCCGAACUGUAUUGAUGGCGGGAGUGGAUGGAGGAACCACGUGCCCAUGUCUGGCAGUCGGUCAGGUUUCGGACCGUCAUGCGCGGCCACAACCUGUCCAGGAUGCAUGGGACUAGCCGACUCGGUGGGCGAUCUCUCCCGACGCAGUGGGGGCGUUCCCGGGACCCUUGACUGGCACUCCUCGACUGUGGAUGCGGUCAGGGCUCCGCCGGCUGGAAACGCCGACUCCGAGGACUCUCCCAUCAUGCUGAGCUCUAGCACCAGCUUGGAGCGCGAUGUGCGCGAGCUGAAACGAUACGUGCGCAUGUUCGUGAACCGGCAGAAGGAGGGCUCACGCAAGAAUGCGAUCGCCAUGGAGUGGCGAACCAUGGCCCUAGUGCUGGAUCGACUCUUCUUCUUCGUCUACAUUGCCACUAUCGGCAUCACUGUUGUUACCUCCUUGCCUCGAUCGAAGCGUUUCGACGGCGCUCAAUAA